GGAUAGACACUCUAUAUUUAUCUUCUACUCUUUCCAUUUUUACUGCAUCUACCAUUUGAUCAACAUGAAAUCAUCUCUGACUCUGCUGUGUCUGGUGGUAUGGGUGAAUGUGGAUGCUUCAUCAGCUCAGACUGGUUUUUCCUCUGCUCCUCUGUCAGUGUGCAGUGGACCUCUUCCAAAUGUGCCCGAUGCCAGGGUCACUGAGGAAAGCAUCAAAAAUGAGUACAAAGAGGACGACAUUGUCCUUUUUUCCUGCAACUUUGGCUUUGUACCAGCAGGCAGAAUAAGUUUUCAGUGUAAGAAGAAUAAGUGGGUGGUGGUCCGUCAGGGGAAAUGCAAGCCUAAACCAUGUGAGCUCCCUGAUGAAACUGCCGAUGGCCACUACAGGAUCCACAUUGGAAAUGACUUUGUCUUUGGAGCCACUAUCAAAUACACUUGCAAUGACGGUUAUCAGAUUGUGAGCAAAAUGGACAACAGAACCUGUAUGGUGGCAGGAUGGAGCAACCACCUGCCCUUAUGUGAAGUGGUGAGUUGUGUCCCCGAGGCUACAGAUGGACGGGUGGUUGUGAGCGGUCUGCCAGAUGAUGAUGGUGUUAUACAGUACGGUCAUGAGCUCAAGUUCAGCUGCCCCAACCCAGCACACCAGCUGAAGGGAAACCCACAGGUAGUGUGCGCCGCGGGGGGGGUGUGGAACAACCAUUUCCCAACCUGUGAAGAUGUGACUUGUGAAGCUGCAGAGAAGAUUAAGAAUGUGAACGUGAUAGGAAUUCCCCAAAACAACACCAUGAAGGUUGGACACAGGCUGCAGUUUGAGUGCAGCAACUCUAAACAUAUUCUGAAGGGGAAAUCAGAGGUCAUCUGCUCAGUCAAUGGACAGUGGAGUCACUCCAUUCCAAUUUGUUAUGAGCCCAAGGAUUUCUGUGGACCACCUCCACAUGUCAAUAACGGAGACAGAGACAGAACCAGAGAACGCUACAGAAAUGGAGAAUCAGUUGAAUAUGUCUGCCAGAAAUACUACAUCCUUGAUCCCCCUUCAGCGUACAAGACGUGUCGUGACGGGAUCUGGACACGACCGAUAACCUGUCUGAAACCCUGCACUGUGGAUGAAGAGCUGAUGAACACACAGAACAUCCAAUUUAAAUAUCCUCCGAAAGAUCAAACUAAACUCUAUUCCACACAUGGAGAUCAUACCACUUUUAAGUGUACUGGUCAUCUUAGACUUAGCCCAGGUAGCGUUGAUUUUCGUCAGCAGUGUGUAAACGGGGUCAUGAACUUGCCUCAUUGCCAAUAUUGGCUGGCUAAUAUGGGGCUACGACACUCUAUAUUUAUCUUCUACUCCUUCCAUUUUUACUGCAUCUACCAUUUGAUCAACAUGAAAUCAUCUCUGACUCUGCUGUGUCUGGUGGUAUGGGUGAAUGUGGAUGCUUCAUCAGCUCAGACUGUGUGCAGUGGACCUCUUCCAAAUGUGCCCGAUGCCAGGGUCACUGAGGAAAGCAUCAAAAAUGAGUACAAAGAGGACGACAUUGUCCUUUUUUCCUGCAACUUUGGCUUUGUACCAGCAGGCAGAAUAAGUUUUCAGUGUAAGAAGAAUAAGUGGGUGGUGGUCCGUCAGGGGAAAUGCAAGCCUAAACCAUGUGAGCUCCCUGAUGAAACUGCCAAUGGCCACUACAGCAUCCACAUUGGAAAUGACUUUGUCUUUGGAGCCACUAUCAAAUACACUUGCAAUGACGGUUAUCAGAUGGUGAGCAAAAUGGACAUCAGAACCUGUAUGGUGGCAGGAUGGAGCAACCACCUGCCCAUAUGUGAAGUGGUGAGUUGUGUCCCCGAGGCUACAGAUGGACGGGUGGUUGUGAGCGGUCUGCCAGAUGAUGAUGGUGUUAUACAGUACGGUCAUGAGCUCAAGUUCAGCUGCCCCAACCCAGCACACCAGCUGAAGGGAAACCCACAGGUAGUGUGCGCCGCAGGGGGGAUGUGGAACAACCGUUUCCCAACCUGUGAAGAUGUGACUUGUGAAGCUGCAGAGAAGAUUGAGAAUGUGAACAUGAUAGGAAUUCCCCAAAACAACACCACCAUGAAGUAUGGACACAGGCUACAGUUUGAGUGCAGCAACUCCAGUCACAUUCUGAAGGGGGAAUCAGAGGUCGUCUGCUCAACCAAUGGACAGUGGAGUCACUCCUUUCCAAUUUGUGAAGAGCCCAAGGAUUUCUGUGGACCACCUCCACAUCUCAUGAACGGAGACACAAACGGCAGUAGAGAACGCUACAGAAGUGGAGAAUCAGUUCAAUAUAUCUGCCAGAAAUACUACAUCAUUGAUCCCCCUUCAGCGUACAAGACGUGUCGUGAUGGGAUCUGGAUAGGACUGAUAACCUGUCUGAAACCCUGCACUGUGGAUGAAGAGCUGAUGAACACACAGAACAUCCAAUUUAAAUAUCCUCCGCAAUAUGAAAAUAAACUCUAUGCCCCACAUGGGGAUCAUAUCACUUUUAAGUGUACUGGUCAAAGUAGACAGAGCCCAGGAAGUGUUGAUUUUCGUCAGCAGUGUAUAAACGGGUUCAUGAACUUGCCUCAUUGCCAAUAGUGGCUUCAGCUUACGGGAAGAGAAGGGCAAAGGCUUGUUGGACAAACAUGUCAAUCGAUAUAACCCCCGUCAAUAGUUUGCUCAAAUCAUUUGUUCUGGGGCUUUGCAUAAGGUAAGAAACAUUGACUUCACAGGAGUUGUUUUUCAUGUCAGUCUGAACUUCAAUAAAGUACCUCUGGUUUUGAAUUCUCAA